UUAUCGAGCAGAACGCGCAAGUUCGCGUAAGCACUGCGUACGUUAUUUCAAGAGGAAGAUACGCGCGAUAAAGCUGCGGAAAGCGGAAGGAAACAAAACCAUACGAUAGGACAUCAGUUGCUGAAUUUUUAGUGAUACUGCUGUAGAGCACAUCCUGUGAACUAUGGAAGCAAGGACGCUUGCAACUUUGCCAUCCAAGCAACGCAAAACAUGUCGACUUCAAGUCCGUUACCUAAUGAGCUGUAUGAUCUCGAUCGGACUCUUCCUGGUGUAUUCAAUGAGGGUGAAUCUCAGUGUGACCAUAAUUGCCAUGGUCAACGCCACAGCUGUGAAUGGCAACACAAGCAGUGCAUCAAACGUCAGCUGUCCUGUUCCUUAUCGGAAUGCAUCAUACAUAGAUGGAGGUGAUGAGUCAGGUGAUGGAGAAUUUCUCUGGGACCCUGUGAUGCAAGGCUAUGUGUUAAAUGCCUUCUUCUAUGGGUACAUAAUAACACAAAUCCCUGCUGGGUGGCUUUCGGAGGUCAUCAAUCCUGCAUGGAUCCUUGCAGCAGGUGUCGGCACCACGUCGCUGCUCACUCUUGCCACUGCAGUGGUGGCAAGAGCCAGUUUCGGUGCAUUCCUUGGUCUUCGGGUUCUCGAAGGCAUCGCUGAGGGCGUGACCUUUCCAUCUACGUUUGCCAUCAUGGCUCGCUGGUCACCGGUGCAGGAACGCAGCUUCCUUCUUGCCAUCAGCACGCUAGGCAGCAUUCUCGGUACUGCUGUGACACUACCUAUUUCUGCUGUGCUGUGCCAGUAUGGCUUUGCUGGUGGCUGGCCUUCAGUAUUCUACCUCACAGGUCUCUUAGGCUGUGUGUGGUUUGUCUUCUGGGUUCUUAUUGCAUCUGACAGGCCAGAAAAGCAUCGCUUCAUUUCUCAAGAGGAGAAGAAACACAUCAUAGAAUCACGUGGUGCAACAUUUUCAGUGCACAAGUCUGUGCCUUGGGCGAGCAUACUGACGUCACGAGCUGUAUGGAUGUGUGCCCUCAUCAAGUUCUGUGGUGCAUGGAGCUUCUACACACUGCUCACUGAACUGCCCAGCUACUUAGCUGAUGUGCUGCAUUUUAACAUCCAGAGCGACGGAUCUCUGAAUGCUAGUGUCUACUUAAGUCAGGUGCUCGUGGGCCUUGGAAGCAGCUACUUAGCUGAUCAUUUGCGAAAAAAGGAAAUUCUUGGUGUGACAAAUGUGAGAAAAGUUUUUGAAAGUAUUGGUUUGCUUGGACAGGCCAUUGGCUUGGUUGGUGUCGCAUUUGCGGGCUGCGACUGGAAGCUUGCUUUUGCGAUGCUGUUAGUUGCCUCCACAUCUGGUGGUGCACUGUGCGGAAGUGAAAGUGUGCUACCUAUAGAUGUUGCUGCAGAAUUUGCUGGGGCUGUCAUGGGCCUGGUCAACUGUGUCUCCAACAGUGCUGGCAUAUUUACACCUCUUGUUGUUGGCUACCUUACAGAAAGCAGUGAAACCACUGAACAGUGGAACAAGGUGUUCUUCACAUCUGCCGGUGUGGUCACCUUUGGGGCAGUGGCAUUCCUCCUUUUUGGCAAGGCCGAGGUGGAGCCUUGGGCACGGCAGCCAUGUGGCUCCAUCAAUGACUCAUGCUCACUUCUGGUCCCUGCUGAUGAGGCAGCAGGAGACAGCGACUCUGUCUCGAAGACUGCAGAGACUACAUAACUGGUCUGUGUGCAGUGUCAUCUGUGACAUUACAGAAUCAUUCACAGCUAGCUUUAAGCUUGUCUGUUAACACCACUGCCACUUAUCAUGUAAAAAUAAAAUUGGGACCUUUCUCAAUCUCUGACGAAUGACUAACAUGUGUGUUACGACUGAUUAAGGUAGACUGAGCAGCACUGAGUGCUAAGGAAGACAGCAUGAGGUAGAACAGAAACACCAGCUGAUGUGGCAUUUCAUUCGGUGUGUAUAGUACUCAAGGUGCUGAUUAUACCCGCUGUGUAGGUUAUGUUCAGCACUGAAAGGGGAAACAUAGCAUCACAACUCUGUGAGGGAGCUGAUAAAACAGCGGGAAAUUCUUUGGGAGUAAUGAAUAAAGUGAUUUGAAGUAUAUCUUUUUCGCUGAUACUGGCCGUGUGCAGAAUGAGAAAGAAAGGAAAGAGUCUGCCUCCAUUCCACCCUGUGAAAGUGGAUUUACAACAAAGCUGUUGUGGGCGUUUAACGAGUAGCACAACUGAAACUGACGUUAGACGAGGUUGCACAAGCACCACCACCAUGAGCGACUUGUGUCACGUACACACACGUGUACGAAAGUGCAGCAUGCACCUUCAUUUUUCUAUGCCCUCUGUCAAGCACAAGUGCCUUGUUGAACUAAAUGAAUGUUUAAAAGUAAAUUGCAUCAGAAAAUGUGUUAAGUACAACUUACGCACAAGCUGCAGACAAAGCCCUUUUUCAGCUGCUGCUUGAGGUCUGUCUGAGUGGCCAUAGCUGCUAGGUGGCGGUACUGUUUUUGGACAGUGUUUGCCAUAAUGUUGAUUACGGUUGCAGCACAUGUUGUGUGACAGAUGCAACGGGCAGAGUACCCGCACGCCAAGCACAGAUACACUAUGUGCACACGUUCGUCACAUGCGCAUGCACGUGUGCAGAAGUGCAGCAUACAUCCUAAUUCUUGUAGGCCCUCCACCUAGCACAAGUGCGUUGUCUAAUUAAUUGAAUGUCUCAAAGUUCAAUGCGUCAGAAAAUUCUUAAAGUACGACUUACACACAACCUGCAGACAUGAUAGCAUGUCAAACACAGAGUCCUUUUCCAGCUGCCUUUCCAGGUCUGUUUGAGUGGCUGCAGCUGCUAGGUGGUGGUACUGUUUUUUGGUCGAGCACCCCAUGAAAAAUCCCAACCACUAGAGGAUAACAGCUUCGCUGUAAAAAAGAUUGGUGGAUCCAACACAUAUGUGUGAAUUGACGAUAAGUGAAGCUUUAUUUGAUGUUUACUGAAAUGUCUUCACUUCACUUCUCCCGAUACUUCACUUCCAUGUAUCUCAAUGCUCCUUGCUCAACAAACACUCUUGUCCCAUUUUGCUCACUUCACCUCUCAGUGACAACAAUGACGUCCUAUGGGUAUCUAUGGACAUCCACGGCCAUGGCAUGAGUAUCCUAGGGAUGUGUCGAAUACGUCCUGUGGACGUCCCUCAUGUUACAGUUUGGCUGCACUUUCCGUGCCCUGUGGACAUCCCUUGCAUAUACUGAAGGGACAUUAUGGGGACAUGCUGCAUACAUUUUAUGAAUGUAUGCCAGGUCCUCUUGCGCAGAGCUUGCCAUAAUGUUAGUUAUGGUCACAGCACAUGCUGCAUGACAGAUGCAAUGGGCAGAGCACCCAUGCAUAAAGAACUGAUAGAUUGUGUGCACAAAUUACACAUGCACCUACGUGUGUGGAAGUGCGGCAUCGUUCUUAUUCUUCUAGGCCUUCCACUAAGUGCAAGCGGCUUAUUGAUUUAAUUGAAGUUUUUAAAAGUAAAUUGCUUGAGGACAUUCUAAAAUACGACGUACACAUGAGCUGCAUACAUGAUAGUAGCUCUGGAUUGUAAUUCGAAUAUGCGAGAAAACGUGAUUCUCUUACCAGCAAACUCAGACAAAGCCUCAAUAGGAGGACAAAUAUGCACAUGUAUAUGCACAUGUGGGAUAACCUUGAUACAGUUAAAACUCGAUCUAAUGAAACCUGAUUUUACAAAGUUCCCAAUCUAACAAAGAAAUUUCCGCUUCCCGGUAGGUACCCACAGGGUUCAAUGUUGUCAUAAACCCAAAUUACUGAAACUAACUUGGCUACCAAACUUGAUUUAACGAAGCUUUUACUGAAAUAAAUGUGCGAAAAAGUGGUGACUUCUUUCUAAUUUUGACACAGAUGCGUUUUUCUCCUAGCCUGCGCUCUAACGCAAUCAUGUUAAAACAUCUGGUCACCCUAGUCAUGGCCCUAGCUUUAUUUUGACGAGGCUGCAUGCUGCACCCAUGUAUGGAACAACGGACUUAGCAGUCGUUGAUCUCUUGAGGUGGUUUGCUGGGGCCCACAAGGUAACCGAGGAUGCAUUACAAGCACUUGUGGGCUAUGAGAAGUGUGUGCAUCCACUGUUGGUGAAGCGCACGCCGGUGAAGAUGAUGAAUUCUUUCACUACAACGUACUAAAUUCGCAGUUCUCUCCAGAACACCGAGGUGCGUUUUUUUUUCCCUUCUGUUUUAUGCACUAACAAUUCGAGCCGGCCUUGCGGACUUUUCACACACACAGGCCUGGUUAAGCGGCAAAUACAAUGCCGCAAUAGCCUUUGGGCGUCGCUAUGUUACAAUUUUAGAUUUCGAAGGACUGAACAAUCCCUUUCUCGAUUUUACGAACUUCCCAAUUUAUCAAUUCAAGUAUGGUCGUCACUUUGUUAUAUUGAGCCAAAACGGCGCAUGGACAUUGGGACGUUAUUCAGAUGUCCUAUGGAUGAAAGGUUCUCACUGGGUUCUUUCUCCACACUUGGCUGCUUCUGUUCUGCCUCAUUUUCUGCUUGUAUAUUUGUGCACUACCCAGUGGCCCAAGUUGUACAAUCAGCUGCAGCUGCAAAGUCAGGAGAAAAACAAAGAAACUGUUUAAGUUUACUACAUGGAAAAUGACUUGUGUCUGACAGAUCUGUUGCAUCUGUCUGUGUGGCUCUUACUUAAGGUUGUAAAAAAGUGUAUGACAAAAUGGUGAUGCAUGUUGUGUUUUGUAUGCUCUGAUUUAAAAAUUAUGUUCCCUGAUGCAACGGAAUGAUCGCUGUGUCUAAUGUGCUGCUGGAUAAAAGCUAGGUCAACCUUGAGCAGUUCUCUUUAAGAACUUCUCUGCAGUUUUUGAUGGCUGCUGUAGUGUAUAUAUAUAUAUACAUUGCAUGCUGUAUGUGCAACAAAUUGCAGGAAUUAUGUUUUGUCUCAGGUCGUGAUGCUCACUUUUGCAUCAACCAUUUCUUCUUGAGCCCUACUUUAUUAAGAGAUGAAUCUGUACCUUAUGAUGUAUCUCUGCUUACCAAAACUGUGGAAUCCAUUGAACACCAUUGUUGCAGAUGCCUUCCUUGUGAUUUUGUCAAGGCCGCACAGCGCUGCUAAAGCUGAGCUUUGUGUCCUAAGGAAAGAUGACACUGUAAACCUGUGGUUGUUCUACCAGUUCUCUGCAGUUAAUUGCGGAUGCAAUUGAGCACAUUAGGGUACUGGACACUCAUCUUAUCCCUGUUAGGCUAAGCAGUUCGCUGCAGACAGGUAUGCACGACGUGGUCCUUCAACAACAGGGUCAUUUAUUGUUGACCGGCUCUAACAUUCUGAGUUCAGUGUCCAGCCUUUGAAAAUACCAAUGAGAAAAGGUAAAGCAAAGCUGAACAUAAGUAAUGUAGUUUUGGUGGCGGAUGCUUGGCAGUCUAUGUGGCAAUGCCAUCAUAUGCUUACAUUUUAGCAACGUGCACGAGCAUAUUAGCAAUAUACUGAAACAUAUGUGCUGAAAGAUGUGUCUAUUUGCCUCAGGGCCAGUGAUACAGUAUGCUGUAUGUGUUAUUGCAUUAACUGUAGUGAGUAUGUGCUCUUUUGUUCCCUUUAGUAUUUUUCUUUCUGCGGUGCAUGUUUGCCAUACACAGACUUGCUCUUUGCUGGAAAACAUGUUUUAUGCGAAGCAUAUUACUAGAGCUCAACCCAGCUCCUCAGGCGCGGCGGUGUCGCCUUCAAUACCACGUGACACCGUGACGUCACGACAGAGGAGAAACGGGGCUCCAACUCGCGCCGUUGCUCGCGGCGUCGCGGCGGUAUAUAAGCAGCUGCGCUUUUUCUAGGUGGCUUUGGCUCAACUCUUGCAAGAUGGGCUGGGUGGGAAUCGAACCAGGGUCUCCGGAGUGUGAGACGGAGACGCUACCACUGAGCCACGAGUACGAUGCUUCGAAGCGGUACAAAAGCGCCUCUAGUGAAUGCGGUGUUGCCUUAGAAACGAGCUGUUUCUAAGGCUCAGGCGUGCGUCGCUUGCUCAGGCGCACAUUUCGUUGCCGCGCCGAAUGCUGCGUUGCUCGACACUCACCGCGUCCAAUGCGGGGCGCGUAGUCGCUGCGCCGUAGCCCAUUGUAUUACACCCCUUGGCGGGUCGACGGGAACACUGUCGCGUUCCACUCUUGAAGGCGAAGCAGAGUAACGCAUGAGUUGUGUCUUCUACUAGCCGAACCAAAUAUAGCCAAGCAACAGCAGUUCACCAGGCUAAACAGUGGUUCUACAACUAAAAUAAAGGCUAGUGUGCUUCGCAUCCUGGGCUUAACCUUAGCUAAGCCACAGCCAUUUUUGUUUAUUCAUUCCAGUAUGGACGUAUAACAGGAUUGCAGUAUGAAUGAAUAAAUAAAUAUGUGCACGUCAUUGUUCGAAGUGGAAAGAAAUGCAGUUUGUUUAGGUCAAGAUCUUGAGGUGACUGGUACUAUACUACCAGCUUAAUUUUAGGUUGUAGCAAGCAUUGUACACAGUUUAAUUUUCGUGCUUUUCACUGCCCACCUACAGUUACCAAAAAUUUGGUCCCAUGAACAAUUUGUAAGACCAGUAUUUCCUCUGAUGCAAUAAUGAUGCAAUGCAAUAACACCGUGAGUAGUCUGACUCCAAGAAAAAUUGUUGCCUCUGUUAGAUAGUGCUAGACACUGCAUGCUAGAUAGCGUGAAAAGUCAAAUGGUGAAUACAUGUCUUCGUCUUUGCCACACUGUUAUUAGCCACAAACAUCAAUGAAUGUUAUUGGCUUUAUGCAUGGCAAAUAUGUAUGCACAGUUUGCACUUUACUAUAUCAACUUCCUCAGUCAUGUUCUGUUUCUGUAUUUUCAUGCACAAAACACUGACAUGACUGGUUGGAAACUCAUAAAUGCUGACGUCUUCAAAUGUGAUGCAAUAAUGUAUAUUAUUUGAAACUUUCCUUUUUCUUUCUUUUUUUGACACUAGUAUGGUUUUUAUCGAAACAGAGCUGUGAGGGCUGACAACUUUUAUUUUAUUGUGUGGCGUCAUGCACUUUUCAUCACCACUAAAUGGCUUCAUUUUCUUACCUUAUUUAAUUUGAUAUCUUUAUAUUGUUGAUACCUUUUGCCAGUAUUAUAGUUUUAUUGUUACCAUCAACUGCACAAAAGCUCUGUCUGCCAUUCGUUUACCAGAAUGUCUGCUCUGCUGAUCUCAGAGAGUGUCAUGUUGUUUUGUUUUGUGUACUGUCAGUCAGGCAAAAAAGGGGAAACCCUGUCUCAUUAGACAAAUAGCUUCAGUCAACAUUUUCUGUGAUACCACAUCUAUAUAUGUGGUAUCAGAGAAAGCUAAAAACUUGUGAUUUGAGCUGACCUUAAAUUAUUGCACAAUUUACACAUAAGAAAAUAUUAGUCUUAUGACCUGUUUGCACAUGAAAAAUGCCUCCAGAACUAGCAAUAGCUAUGUGUGAUAUCUGGGGAGCAUGCUGCUGAAUGUUUCAACAGCAAUAUCACUGACGUGCAUGAACAUGCUUCAUUAGUUACCAACGGUUUUGUAAUGUGCUGGUAGCAAUUAGUAACAUGAGACUGGAUGUAGUGGUACAAAAUGAUAUUUUAACUGCAUAAGUUGGUUCACAUUGUAUGCUUUAUGCUUACGUACAGAGUGUCCCAGCAAUCACACAUGAAGCUUUGCAAGAACACAGAUCAUUCUAUGCGAAUAAGACCAAUUGAGUGCAUGUUAUUCGGAGUACAGUUGAGAAGUCACCAGUAAUAUUUUAUUACUGGCCAUCUAAUUAGUUAAUCAAAAUUGAUCAGAUAACUUUCUAAUUGUAAGUCUGAUUGUCAAGUUGUCAAUUAGGGAGUUGUGGGGAAUUGUAAGAGGCGUUAAAAUCAAAUUUUUUCCAGCAAUGUACACAUCACUUGUUUAUGUUUUCCGGUGAUGAGAGAAAGCCCAUGAAAUGUGAAAAACACCAUGCGACUAUGUGCCCCUACACAUAGGAUAGCACUGCCAUCAAAGAGUCCUAUUGGGAAAGCAAGCUGUCCAUCUUGCACAUCUCCACUAUACUGCGGCGCAGCAAGUAACUACACGUAUACUUUUUCCAUGAUGCACUCACAGCUCCAGGCAUGCUGCCUUGAGCAACAAGCCUGAAAGGAACAGCUUACUUUACCGCUGAAACUGUUUGAUGGUAGUACUGCUAUUUGGGGCAUUCAGGUGCAUACAGUCAUAUACAGUCAGGGUUGCUUCAUGUUCAUUGAUUGUGUUAAUUUUGUUUAGUGUGUUUGUGCUGCACGAAAAUAACAAAAGUAGGUUCCAAUACUUGUCAUAAUGCUUUUACUUGGUAGCAAACAUACUGUAGUAUAUGUGAGUGACAAUGUGGGUGCAAUUAUAAAGAGAUACUUCAUUUUUUUCUGACAUGUCUGAGCCACUUAUUGCACAUAAUCUCAAGCUCACCUUCUUGGCCACAUAAGUGUCAUACUGACUGAGUUUACUUGUUUCUGUGUAGUUUGGUUGUGUGCAUCUAUUCACGUGCAAGUUGCUUAAUUAUGUGAUGUAAAUUACACAAUUAUGGCAGGCAGAGAUUGACAUCAGUGUAGGCAAAUUAUGAAAGCAUUGCUUAAUUACUGGUGUUGUAGGAUAACUUGGCAUUUUUAAAUGACGCAUAGAUGGAAAAAGUUCGGUAGAGCUCUAGUGUUCAGCCAUAUUGUUUUUAAUAACAAUAAAGAAAGCUUUUUACCUGUG